AGAUACUAUUGUAUUGUUGUUUCUUCUUUCCGAUCUUGCCAUCAUCUUCGUCUAGGGUUCGCAAUUGGAUCCUGAUUUGAAAAAUUCUUCUCCAAUUUUGGGGCAUUAAUCAUUGGAUAAUCUAUUCUCGGAUCUCAACUCAUACCGAUAUAGCAAUGGCGCUGUCCCAAAAGUUUCACGAAGCAUUCAAAGGGACAAUGGAGAGGCUUACAGGCCCUCGUACAAUAUCUGCGUUCAAGGAGAAGGGAGUACUCAGCGUUGGCGAGUUCGUUCUCGCCGGUGACAAUCUUGUCUCCAAAUGCCCUACCUGGUCCUGGGAGUCGGGUGAUCCAAGCAAAAGAAAGCCAUACUUGCCCCCAGACAAACAGUUCUUGAUUACUAGAAACGUACCAUGUCUACGAAGAGCUGCAUCUGUGGAGGAGGAAUAUGAAGCUGCUGGAGGUGAAGUCUUGCUUGAUGACGAAGAUAAUGAUGGUUGGCUAGCUACUCAUGGGAGACCAAAAGAUAAAGGGGAGGAGGAAGAAAUUUUGCCAUCGAUGGAUGCCUUAGAAAUAAAUGAUACGAGCACUAUUCAGUCAAUACCUACAUACUUUGGAGGUGAGGAGGAGGAAGAUAUUCCAGACAUGGAAGAGUUUGAUGAGACCGAUAAUGUAAUUGAGAAUGAUCCUGCAACUCUUCAAUCAACCUAUCUCGUUGCUUGUGAGCCGGAUGAUGAUAAUAUCCUUCGAACGCGAACAUAUGAUGUCAGCAUCACGUAUGACAAGUAUUACCAAACUCCUCGCGUUUGGCUGACUGGAUAUGAUGAGUCAAAGAUGCUGCUGCAGCCUGAGCUUGUCCUGGAGGAUGUUAGCCAAGACCAUGCUCGUAAAACCGUGACAAUUGAAGAUCAUCCGCACUUGCCGGGGAAACAUGCAUCAGUACACCCGUGCAGACACGGGGCUGUAAUGAAGAAAAUCAUUGACGUGUUAAUGUCGCGUGGAGUAGAACCUGAAGUGGACAAGUACCUGUUCCUGUUCUUGAAGUUCAUGGCCUCAGUAAUUCCAACUAUCGAAUAUGAUUACACCAUGGACUUUGAUCUCGGAAACUCGAGCACCUGAGUCUCACCAUGUAUGUAAUGUUUUGACAACAAACGAAAUCCAAGACGCCGGCCGAUUUCAAUUGGACAUAAGAUGGGAUGGGGCUCCUCUGGCUGGCGUUGUAGCGUACAUAACACAUGUAAAUCCUCACACUUCACAUCCUCUCGUGAAUAAAAGAUAGCGUGUAAAGUGUCGGUGGUUUAUUCACGCCUCUGUUUCGAAGUUCUCAUGUUAGUGAACCCCUUUGGUCCUUUGAAUACUCCUCUCAUGCGGCUGCUGCUGCUGCUGCUGUUUGAUCCAAACUCAGAUCGAUAUGUAUGUGUGUGUAUAUAUACAUAUAUAAACCACCAUAGAAAACAGUGUUGUGGUAUUGGAAAAAGAUUCAGUGAAGCUGGUUUUGGUUCGAGCUUGCUA